AUGGAAACACCAGCCGAGGGUAUGCCACCAGGAUGGACUAACGACCCCGCCCUCCUCGAGGGGUUUUUUGAUUAUGACUCUGGAGAAGCCUACCUGGCCCGAUGCCAUGGCCUAAAUGAUCCAAAACUUCUGUUAAUGACAACCCCCGAUACUGGGGAUAUGGGAUACAUAAUCACAUCAGGCGGCCGUUUUUACUGGGGUGAUCUAAUGAUUGAUCACAUCGCGGAGAUCACCAAGCCUAAGACCUGGCCGGCAAUCCUGCGCGCUCUUGCAACGCAGGGGGAGAAGGGUCUAAGGAUGAAGUUUCUUCGGCCAGUGAAGGAAGUUGAGGAGGAGCCCCAGGAGGAGGAAAUUAUGGUUGAAGGGCAAGGCCUGUCCGUUCCUUCCCGUUCAGACGUUCCUUCCACUUCAGAGAACUUGAGAGACAUUAUAGCGGAUAUCACGAGCCGCCCUGGUGCAUAUGGAGUUCCCCCUGAGAAUGUCGCCAACCUGGUGUUAAUACACCAGGAUAUCACUCGCCUUCGCCGCCCCGAUGGCCCCGACUUCCUCAUCCCGCCACCACCCCACGACCGCGAGGUUCAUCCCAACUGGCCAUCUGCCCUGGAGCAAGUUCGGCUUAGAAAGUCAACAUAUGAUGGGGUGGAAUACUGGGCCCUUCCGGACCUCUUAGGGCUCUUCAUGAGCAGUUUAGCUUGGACUCCUACCAUCCGGGCCCGAGGGCGGAAUGGGGGCAGGCCGUUUGGCCGUUGUGCGGAGACAUAUCCCGUCCGCAAACUUCUGAUGGGUAAAACCGAAGAAGAGGCGGCGAAGGUGCAUGGGUUAGCGUUAUGGAGCCGCUACAUACACAUUACCCCCGCCUACGAUGAUCGACUGUCCGGGAGGAUCUGGGGGAGCCUGUGGGACCCCUGUGCCAAUUGUCAAGUCCUCAUCAGCAUCAACAAGGGCAACAUUCUUAACUUCGGCCGAUUGACCGAAGGGGCUCACUCCGUCCGUGGAGAUUGGGAGCCGCCCUUUGUGGCCUGA